AAUUCAGGAAGUACUAUAGUUUGCUGCAAAUGUAGCCCACACAGGAAGCUUGACACAGUUGCCAUUGAAACACACCCCCAUGUGUGAAAUGUAACUCCUAUUGAACAGAGGCAUGACUUGACAUAACACAGCAGCUCAUGCUGUGACACGAGGAGUUGCCAGAUUUCGGUGGAGAAAGGAUUUCAAGUCAUGUCUUCGCAAAAUGCAAAGAAAAAGCGACUUGGGUCACGACGAGUGGCACCAAGCCAAAAGGAAGUACCUAAGGCUGAUGAGUACCACUUAACAGAAGCUUCCUCUGUGGCACAAGGCUACGCAGCAGACGAAAGUACUGAAUCUUUAAAUGUUUUAUCCAGCCGAGAGGAUUCUAAACCAGAAACUCGACAUCCACCUUCAGCAGAGGUCACAUUUAACCGGAGAAAAUUUGGGUCUAAUCGGAGCAGUAAAGGAAAGCAGUUGGUAAAUGAUUUAGAAACUGAACCUUACCUCAACCCUGGAAAGGAACUUGAGGAAAAAAGCAGGGGUAAUGAAACCUUUGAAACAAUACAAACGCCACGAGCAGUGGAACUUAAACAGCAGGAAGAAUUCGGUCAAGGAAGUGGUCAUGUGUCUGCACUAGCUAAGGACUGUUCAGAAAGUACACAUGAUAAAAAUUCUGAGGGUGAAAUGGAAAUGUUAACUCCUGAAAUCAAUAAUCUGCAAGAGUGCAACCCUUGUAGAAAUGAAAUCAAGCUUGAAGAGAUUGACAAAUCUGACAUACAAAGUGAAGAAAUCAAAGAAAACAUGCAUCCUGUGGCUCAACAGUCAUCCAGUGACAUGCCACAUGAGGAGCCUUCAACUGUGUAUUCUGUAGCAAAAAUACAAAGUACAGAAAGAGAUGACAAGAAGAUGCUCAGGCAGGAUGGAAGGUUACAGGGUAACAACUUGGUAAAUGAGUCACAUGUAGAAUUUGAAGCUUUAGAGGCAGUCACACCAAACAUAACCACAGAUAAAAACAGCCCAGAACAAAAUAUUGAAGUCGUGUGCAGUGCUGAGCAGGAAACAUUUUCAUCAUCAAAAGAGAAGUUGACUGCAAAUGAGGAUCCUUGUAGCUUAUCUGAAGUUAGAGAAGCAUGGCAAUCAGAAAGUGCUAUGAAUAAAAUACAUGAAGUGAACAUUACGCCCAUAGAAAUACAGGACAUGUACCAAAAUCAGUACUCCUCUAAAAUUCAGGAACCCAACAGCAACAAGCCAUCCUGA